UUGCGGUUCCUUUUACUUGUUCCAAAAGCAACCCUCCCUCCCUCUCUUUCUCUAUCUGUCUUCAUCUUAGUCUUUUUCCCAUUACUACUUUCCUUUACUCCCACUACUCCACGUUUUUCCUUUCUUUUUGUUCUUAUAUAUAACUAACUAAUUUCAUUCCAUUAAGACAAAACAAAACACCACCCAAGAUUCUCCUUCUAACUAUGUCUUCUUUUGCAUGCCAUAGAACUAUUGCCUUCUUUAAUCUGUUUCUUGCAGUACUUGUUGCAAAUUCCGCCUUUUGCUUUUCUGCCAAGGUUUAUGUCGUCUACAUGGGAAGCAAGAGUAAUGAUCAAGACGCGGAUAAUAUUCUGAAGCAGAAUCAUCAAAUGCUUGCAGAAGUUAAUAGGGGAAGUAUUGAACAAGCACAAGCUUCACAUAUUUAUAGCUACAAACAUGGUUUCAAAGGCUUUGCAGCAAAGCUGACAGAAGAACAGGCUUACCGAAUUUCAAAAAUGGACGGAGUGGUUUCUGUGUUCCCGAAUUCGAAAAGAAUGUUGCACACUACUCAUUCAUGGGAUUUCAUGGGACUUUUGGAUGAUGAAACCAUGGAGAAUAUGGGAUACUCAAACAAAAACCAAGCAAAUGUUAUUAUUGGUAUCAUUGAUACAGGAAUUUGGCCAGAAUCUCCGAGCUUUAGAGACACUGACAUGCCACCAGUUCCACGCAGGUGGAAAGGCCGUUGUCAAACAGGGGAAGCAUUCAAUGCUUCAUCUUGUAACAGGAAAGUGAUUGGAGCAAGAUACUAUAUGAGUGGAUAUGAAGCAGAAGAAGGGUCAGACAAAAAAGUCUCUUUCAGAUCUGCGAGAGACAGCGCCGGUCAUGGGAGUCAUACAGCUUCCACAGCAGCAGGACGAUACGUGGCUGAUAUGAACUAUAAGGGUUUGGCAGCAGGAAAAGCUAGGGGAGGUGCACCUAUGGCUAGAAUUGCUGUUUACAAAACAUGUUGGAAUUCAGGUUGCUAUGAUGUGGACUUGUUAGCUGCCUUUGAUGAUGCCAUAAGAGAUGGUGUUCAUGUUAUAUCACUAUCUCUCGGUCCUCAAUCUCCUCAAGGUGACUAUUUCAAUGAUGCUAUAUCUGUGGCGUCUUUCCAUGCUGCUAGACAUGGAGUUCUUGUUGUAGCAUCAGCUGGAAAUGAAGGAACUCCUGGCUCUGCAACAAACCUUGCACCAUGGAUCAUCACUGUUGCUGCUAGCUCAACAGAUAGGGAUUUCACCUCUGAUAUCGUAUUAGGAAAUGGUGUUAACAUCAAGGGUGACAGUCUCAGUCUAUUGGAAAUGAAUGCCUCGAGAAGAACGAUUCCUGCAUCUGAAGCCUUUGCAGGAUAUUUUACUCCUUAUCAAUCCAGUUACUGUUUGGAUAGCUCAUUAAACAAGACCAAGACCAAAGGGAAGGUUCUGGUGUGUAGACAUGAUGAUGGUUCAAUAGCGUCAAAAUUGGAAAAAAGUAGGGUAGUGAAAGAGGCAGGUGGAGUUGGGAUGAUACUUAUUGAUAAAACAGACCAAGAUGUUGCCAUCCCAUUUGUCAUACCUUCGGCAAUUGUUCGAGCGAAAACGGGAGAACAGAUUCUAUCAUAUAUCAAUAGCACAAGAAUGCCUAUAUCUAGGAUUUCCAGGGCCAAGACAGUAGUAGGAGUUCAGCCUGCACCUCGUGCGGUCGCAUUUUCUUCCAAAGGCCCCAAUUCCUUAACCCCUGAAAUUUUGAAGCCUGAUGUUUUGGCUCCCGGGUUAAACAUCCUCGCAGCAUGGUCUCCAGCAGCAGCUGGAAACAUGAAGUUCAAUAUUCUAUCAGGAACUUCUAUGUCUUGUCCUCAUGUAACUGGAAUUGCAGCCUUAAUCAAAGCUGCGCAUCCUUCGUGGUCUCCGUCUGCUAUCAAAUCUGCCAUCAUGACUACUGCAACAAUUGUGGAUAAGCAAAACAAACCAAUUCGAGCGGAUCCUGAUCGAAGAACGGCUGAUGCAUUUGAUUAUGGAUCAGGGUUUGUCAACCCUGCAAGAGUUCUGGAUCCCGGUCUUGUAUAUGAUUCACAGCCAGAAGAUUUUGUUGCAUUCCUGUGUUCAAUUGGUUAUGACGCAAAGUCACUCCACCUCGUUACAAGAGACAACAGCACAUGCGCUAGGGCAUUCAAAACACCAUCUGACCUCAACUAUCCAUCUAUUACAGUUCCCAAUCUUGAAGACAGGUUUUCAGCGACUCGGGUUGUGACUAAUGUUGGAAAAGCAAGAAGUAUCUAUGAAGCUGAAGUUCUGUCUCCAGACGGAGUUAAUGUUACUGUUGUGCCAAAUCGGUUAGUAUUCACAAGAGCAGGACAGAAAAUCAAGUUCACUGUGAAUUUCAAAGUGAUUGCUCCCUUAAAGGGCUAUGCAUUUGGGUUCUUAACAUGGAGUAACAGAAUGUCAAAGGUCACCAGUCCUUUAGUUGUAAAGGUUGCAACACCAAGCCUUGGGUUGGUCAGAUAACAACAUUUGUAAAUAUGUACAUACUAGCUUAGGAGCUGUGAGAUUCCUAUGGUUGCUAUAAAAACAAACAGUCCUACACUCGUACUCAUGUCCUGAUGAAUCUAAAUGAUCAUUUCCAAACCUAAGUUACAGCUAAAUGUUUGGAGAAGCAAGUGACACCAAACAAAAUUCCAAGAAAAUAUAUCUAAAUGAUCAUUUCCAAACCUAAGUUACAACUACAUGUUUGGACAAUUAUCACUAUUUGUCAGUUGUUACAACAGAGAACUUUGUUAUGUAGUAUUAUUGUAGGUUAGUCAGUAAUAGCAAUGUAUACUUUUUGUGUCUGGGAGCUUGGAAGUUAAAAUAGUUUGGCCAUUAUUGUAAUAUCACCAAUUAAAAUAUAAGAAAUUGUUUACAA